AUGCCAAAGUCCUCCGGAGACGCAAAUCCUGCCCCAGCCACACUUGAGGUACUGCUUCAGUCUAUGAUACAACAACUUCAAUUUCAGCAUGAAGAGAUGAAAUUUGUAGCAGAUGAAGAGGCCGGACUGAGAACAGUGGCAAAGACUUACGACCAACUGAACAAGGAAGUUCAGAAAUUUGUAGCAGAUGAAGAGGCCGGACAGACUUUCGACUAUUGGUAUAAAAGGUACGGCCCAAUGAUUCGAGAGUCGAGUUUCGUCGCAGGUCUUCAGGACCCUUCACUCCAGGAAGUACGUCUUCGAAUGCUGCGUAGGCUUGAUACGCAAGCGGAAGACACGCCGUUGACAAUCGAAGAUCUCGUUGCUGACUGUGAAAAUUUCACAGCUUUGAAGAUGGAUAACGCCAAUAUGGGAACAAGCCAUGACAUCCAUGCUGUUCAGAAAAAGAAGGUUAAAUGCUUCGGAUGUGGAGGACCACAUUUUAAGAGCGCUUGUCCACUUCUCAAACAGAUCUCCAAGAAACCGAAAAGGCAGCACCACCGUCGUAAAAGGAAGCAAUGCCGGAAUACCGCACUACGGGAACGAAGGUUCAAGGAAAUGGCUAUUGCUGUGUCAAAAUACAAUUUACUCGGUAUAGAAUGGUGCAACUUCCCGCAUGAAAGGAAUUGCAAAGCAAAAACCUCUGCCAAAUGGUGA